AUGUCUUCCCUCCACACCCUCCUUCUAAUCUCUCCUCGGCCCCGCCUCCAUCAAACUAUUCGUCGCGGUCAGAAAUCUCAUCUCUUCUUUUCGAAGAACAAAUCCUGUUUCCUCGAGAACUUCCCGGACCGCGCAUUCUUCGAGCGUUUCGCCGAACUCGAGGUGCCCACCUGGAUGCGCCCAUUGGUUGUGUCCGUGUGGAACGAGCCGUUUGCCCAUUGGGAAAAGGGGGGUUGUGGGAGUGGAGGAGGGAUGGAGGAUGAAGACUGCGACGCCGAUGCGGAUUUUGUUUUUGGAGACGGAUAA